AUGUCCUCAUUAGUCAGAAGAGCCAAAAGAUCUGGAGGCAGGGGGAAUGUGCUGACCGUGGCAGAAUUAUCCCGCUACAUCAGGAGGAGGAUUUCUGAGGUCACCUGCCAGCGAAGACAAGCAUGGACUGAACAUCGUGUGGAGGGAAAGACGUAUUACUUUGAGGAGUUUGAAAGCUUAUUAGAUGAGCUUUUGUUCAGACUGAGCGCCCUCUCCAACAGUCUGCACCAAACUCUGCCCUCCAAAGCUCAUCGCUACCGGGAGGACAGUCCUGCCCUCUCACACACACAGCGGAUCAACAUGCAGGCACAGGACUUUGUAAGAACACAAGAAGAAACCCUACCUGCAUCUCACCUGCUCAGGUCCGAGCUUGAACUGGAGGACAUGCCGUUUCUGCAGCAGAGAAACCAAAGGGGAGGCUGUCCCUUCUCUGACAUUGUUGUGGGAUUGGAUAAUUCACAACAACCAGGAACAAGAGCCGGAGAAAACCCAAAAGACCAAGAGCUCCAGACUUAUUUAAAGACACAGAACUACCCGUCCCGCCCAGAUGAUGCAUGUAUCAUCAGGGUUUGGACAGAAGAUGUUCUGGAGAAGCAAAGUGAGCCAUGGACAGAAAUCAAUGAUACAACUCAGGCCCCACAGACUGAGAUGGUGGUGGAGGUGCUGGUCCACGAGGAGCCUGGCAGGGUAGAGCCAGAUCAAUAAGUGAUGGAGAAAUCAAGAUCUACAAGGUCUGUAUUUUCUGUUAUGUUAAGAUUAACAACUGUAUGUGACCAGCAUGUUACUGCAAAUACUGUUACCUGGAUCACUAGUUUAAACAAAGAGAUCCUUUACCUUAAUGUUCGUGCAACCUGUCAAUGCAUGCAAAUAUUUAAGCAUCACAUUUUCCUAUAUCUGUUUUUAAUAGCAUUUUGACAAGCAAGUCAUUGGUGUCUUACUAUA